AUGAGCCUCGAGAAACGCCUGGACAUUCCUCUAGCCGUCAUAAAGGCAUCGCUGGUCGACAACGAACGCUUUUCUAAAUACACAAUCUUUAUACUACUCGGCAUCACGGGCGGGCUCGUUCUACACAACAUCUUGUUCAUCUUCACACAGCAGGCACGUACACUGACAUGUCUCAGCAAUGAGACGCAGAAUUACUUUCGGUCACCACAAUCCUUCUACGCGAAAUUCAAAGAACACGUGCUGUAUGCACCUUUGUUUGGUAAACGCCAUAGCGAACCCAUACGGAUAGGCCGUUUGGAGCUGGUUGUCAUUCCUACCCGCUGGCAGGGUGGGAUCUUCUUUGGGAUCGUCAUCAUGAACAUUACGUUUGCAACAUAUGGCAUGGAAUGGAGCGGCGACUAUCAAAUAUUGCUUAUGCACUUCCGCAACCGAUUAGGCACUCUCGCACUGACGAACAUGCUCCCGCUUUUUUUUCUUUCUGGCCGAAACAGCCCUUUGAUCGCCCUCACGAGGAUACCGUUCGACACAUUCAACCUGAUCCAUCGUUGGUUUGGCCACCUCGUAAUUGUAUUCGUCAUCGCCCACGCCAGCGUCGAGUUCAGGAAAUUCCACAUUAUGGCAGGGCAAAUGCACAAAUCGGAUCUGGCUGUCUUGAAUAAUUUCCUGCAGACCGAGCGGUUCCUGCUUUUCGGCUUCAUAGCAUUCCUCUCGGUGCUAGUCAUCUUCUUCACCACCUUUACAGCCUUCCGACGCGCUUUCUACGAGACCUUUCUUAACAUUCACAUUGUGUUGGCCGCUCUCAUCCUUGCUGCUCUCUGGAACCAUUUGGAUGGAUACCCUCCUCAAAUUCUUGUCAAGAUCCUCAUCGCCAUAUGGGUAAUCGAGCGAUGCCUAAGACUCGCAACGCUAGUUUAUCGGAACAUAGGCCACACAAUUACUCAGGCCACCAUCGAGACUCUUCCUGGAGAUACGAUGCGCAUCAAUCUCAAGGUCGCUCGUCCAUGGAGGUUUCGACCUGGACAGCACGUGUUCCUAACAAUACCUUCUCUGUUCUGGAUGAACCACCCGUUCACUGUUGCCUGGUCUGAUACUAUUGGUCGUCCCAGCGACCCUGAGAAGGAUAUAAAAGUCACAGACAUCGACUCCACCUUUGACGCGCUCGCCAUGCGCCCAAACACUGUCUCGCUCGUUGUCCGUCGCCGCAGUGGCUUCACCGAGCACUUGUACCGAAAAUUGCUCGCGCAGCCUAGAGGUGGUCCACUCACUCUUCCCGCCCUAGUCGAAGGGCCCUAUGGCGGCGACAAAUGCCUUGACUCGUACGGUACCAUCAUGCUGGUAGCCGGCGGCAUAGGCAUAACGCACCAAAUUCCCUACAUCCGCCAUCUCGUCUCCGGCUACUCUUCCAACACGGUCGCAGCCCGCAAGAUCCUUCUCGUCUGGGUGAUCCGCUCCGCUGAACAUCUGGAAUGGAUACGGCCGUGGAUGACAAGUAUCCUAGCCAUGUCGAAACGCAGAGAGGUGCUUAGGAUACAGCUAUUUGUGACACAACCGAAGAGUUGUAGGGAGGUUCAUAGCCCGAGUACUACUGUGCAGAUGUUUCCAGGGAGGCCGGACUUGGAGACACUUGUAGAGAUGGAGCGCAGAGGACAAUUGGGGGCUAUGGCGGUGGGAGUCUGUGGGCCUGGAAGUUUGGGGGAUGACGUUAGGGCAGCAGUCCGGAGGAGGCAGGAGAGAAGGAACAUUGACCUCGUUGAGGCGAGUUUUGGGUGGUAA